CUCCAUUCUAUAUAUCUAGCUUCCAAUAAUAUUAGAAAUACGUAGAAAGGAGAGAAACAUGGAAUAUUCCAUCGUCCAAGGUUCGAGUCCAGAAGAGGGGAAGACUUUGUUCGAAAUGGCCAUGAAAGGGAAAUGGAGUGAAGUCGUGGAUACAUGUACGGCAAACCCAUUUCUUCUAUCGGCCGGUGGUAUCACCAGGACAAAGGACACGCUAUUACACCUAGCUGUCUCUGAAGGCCAAGAAAAGACGGUCCUGGAAAUUACAAAGGUCAUAUUGGAACUACCAAUUAGUAAGGAGUUUGUUGGACGUAGAAACGAUGGAGGGAAUACCGCUCUUCAUCUUGCUGCAGUGGUGGGGAAUGUUGCCAUGUGUAAGUGCAUAGCAGGGAUUGAUUCUUCGUUGAUCGUUGCACGUAAUGAAGAGGGAGAAACUCCCCUUUCAUUGGCAGUGCUCUUUGGUAAAAACCAAGCAUUCCUAUGUCUUACCCAAAUACUUAUGCCGGAUAAGGAGCAAUUUAGCCAUUCCAAAACGAUGAAAUAUGGUACUCACGGGUACACGAUUCUUCACUACGCCAUUAAUGGAGACCAUUAUGAUUUGGCAUUGGACAUAAUUAAAUUGUACGGUGAACGAGGUUAUAACGUUAACGUUGCUAAUGAGGAAGGAAUCACGCCUUUCCAUCUACUAGCGGGCAAGCCUUCGGCUUUCCCAAGCGGGAGUCUUCUUCUUCUUGGAUGGUGCAAAACAAUCAUAUAUCACUGCAUGAUUGUUGAUGAGCACGACGUGGAACAAAAUGAUGAUCACCCGAUAGAAAGGAACUACAGAGCAUGCAUCAACUUCUUACUAUUGUUUCGGAGUUUGGUUAGAUUAAUUGUACAAGUCGCUAUCAGAUGUAAUGUUAGAGAACAGAGAGAUGAAGAGAGCCCUGAAACACAGCCCGCAAAUCCAGAACUCAGAGCUCAGAAUGGAGCUUGGAAGCAUCGAUUUUCUCCGGCUAUCUAUGGCCUUUUCUACAAAAUUUUCAAGCUUGCAAACAGGACAAUGGUGAUAGUUCUAAUUGCUCUAGGAAUUCCCACGAUAGGAAAGAUAUAUGAGGAGAAAAAGAAGCACAAGUUGUCCAUUCUGAUCAUGAACGAACUUCUAAGGAGUACUGUCGAUGAGGUGUACGAAUACUAUUACCGUGGGAAGAAGCCCUUGCACCCGUCAGAUACAGCCACAAUAGACCCGGACGAAAUAGAUCCAUAUCUCGAUGAAUUAGGUGACACCCAAACAGAGACUCCUAUAUUAAUUGCUGCUCGAAAUGGCAUUUCCGAAAUUGUGGAGAAAAUUCUGGAACUGUUUCCGAUUGCCAUACACGACAUGAAUGAAGAAAACAAGAAUGUGAUGUUGUUGGCGGUGCAGUACAGACAACCACAUGUAUUUCAAAUCCUGCUACAGAAAAAUAUCAUGAUCAGAGACAGGGUGUUACGGGUGGUGGAUAAAAGUGGGAAUAAUGCAGCUCAUCUCGCGGCUGAGCUUGGAGCAUAUAGGCCUUGGCUGAUUCCCGGGGAAGCCUUGCAAAUGCAAUGGGAAAUGAAAUGGUUUGAGUUCGUGACACAGAACAUUCCCUCUAACCUUCUUACCCGCUGCAACAACGAGGGCAAGACCCCUGAGGAACUUUUCAUCGAGAAUCACAAGCAGCUCGUCAAGGACGGUGGCAAAUGGUUAAUUAAAACCUCCGAAUCCUACUCCCUUGUCGCCGCACUUAUAGCCACUGUGGCAUUUGCCAGCUCCACCGCAGUUCCUGGAGGCGUCAAGGAGGAUAAUGGCAUUCCAACAUUUGAAAACAGAACCCCAUUCCACCUCUUUGCCAUCUCAUCACUCAUCGCACUCUGCUUCUCGGUCACGGCUUUGGUCACAUUCCUCUCCAUCUUAACAUCAAGGAAUAAAGAAAAGGAUUUCGGAAAGGAUUUGCCAACGAAGCUCUUGAUAGGUUUAACGUCCUUGUUCUUUUCCAUAGCUGCAGUGCUGAUUACAUUCUGCUCGGGACAUUUCUUUGUGAUAGACGAAAAGUUGAAAUAUGUGGCGUAUCCAGUGUAUGCCGCAACCUGCCUACCGGUAACUUUUUUUGCUGUGAUGCAGUUUCCGCUGUAUUUUGAUCUUAUUGAAUCUACCUUCAAGAAGGUGCCACGACGUAGCUACAAGGCGUCCGUUCUGAUCUAAGUAAUGUUUGAUCUGUUAUGGGAAAAAAGAAAAAAGAUCAACUGUUUGUCAUAUAUUCUAUAUUAUAUGUACGAUGAAAUUAAUGUUCGAAUGCAU